GUAUGCCGUCGCAUUCUUGGCAAUCCUUUUGCCGUUUCUCCGGUCGCAAACAGUGUGCGAUCUGGGUUCAAUAUCUAGCUUACCAUCUGUGCUGUACAAUCAAAGUGGAAUAAAACACUUGCAUGUAAAUGGGAUUAACGAAACAGUUGAUGUUUUUCAAGGUUAUGCCGUCUGCAGUUUGCAGAAAUGUAAAAAAUGUACCCGAGUGUUCACUGUAGGCCCAUGGAGUUGGCGCGUCAAUCGGAAGGAAAAGUGUGACUACAGGCUUUCCAAUAAGUACAUCUAAAUAUUGAGCCAUCAGCAGACAGAUUAGGUGUCAUCAUGGUCGAAUACUACAACGUACUCGGCGUCUCCAGAAACGCAUCGCUUGAGGAUAUCAAAAAAGCAUAUCGGAAGAAAGCGUUGAAAUGGCAUCCGGACAAAAAUCCAAAUAACCAAAAAGAAGCUGAGAGGCGGUUUAAGGAGAUAGCUGAGGCCUACGAGGUGCUCUCAGACAAGAGCAAGAGGGAUACUUAUGACAGAUAUGGCAUUGAGGGUCUUAAGCGAGGAGGUACGCCAUUCCACCGACCCGCAGCGAGUGAUUUUGGCUUCCACGACUUUGGCAACUUUGGCGGCAACUUCCACUUCACAUUCAGAAGUCCAGAAGAUAUCUUCAAAGAAUUCUUUGGAACCAGUGAUCCCUUUGCUGCUUUCUUUGAAGAUUCGAGGAUGGGUUCAUCACAGAGGGGGCACGGUAACCUGUUCCAGGAUUCAUUUGGGAGGUCCGGGUUCCCAGGUCACGGUCCUCUUACUACCACCAGUAUCUUCACUCCCUUCGGAGAUCCUUGGAGUUUUUUCCAACCUCGUGGUGCUCAUAGUUCAUUCUUCUCUUCGAGUUUCGACAACGGUUUUGGUGAUUUUGGGCCAGGGUUCACAUCAUUUUCGUCGUCAUCUUCAUUUGGCAGCAGUCCAGGAAAUAUGCGGAGUGUGUCGACAUCAACAAAAAUGAUUAACGGAAAAAAGAUCAAAACGACAAAAAUUAUCGAAAAUGGGCAAGAGACAGUCAUCAAUGAAGAGGAUGGAAAGAUCACAUCAAAGACAAUCAACGGUGAACUUCAGCCAAUGUUAGCCAACUAAAGCAGCCCCCUUGGUUUUGUCCAAUGCUUUGUCACUGGAAUCGAAGCUUACAUGCUACCUUUGAACUAGCUACUUUCUGGAUCGAUUGUGAUCUGUUGAAAGUUGUCUUUUACAGAGUCAAGUAUACAAUCUGCACUGUGUGCACGGUUCGGCGGAUUUUGAAUGUUACUGGAGUGAACAGUCUCGUGGUCAACCAGUGAUCCUGCCUUUGAAGAAGUCCAGCCCUUCAUCCGCUUGUCCUAUUUCAUAUUCUUUGUCUCAUUAGAUUUUCAAAGGGCAGUGAUUUGUGGGUCAUAAACCCUGUAGAAUUUUGAAGCAAUAGCUUGACAACUUCAGCUACACCGUCGCAUUGAGUUCUACAUUUAAUAGGAAUGGUCUAAUCGAACAUUCAUCAUCCCUGAAAGACUGGAAGUCUUGCGUUAUAGCCGUUUGAACACUGAACCUGCAUUUAACACUUUUUCUACCAGUUUUUAUAUAGAGUUCUCCGAGAGCAAACUAAAGGUUUCAAGUCGUGUACAGAGUAUUCGUGCCUGUUUUUGUAACCAGUGGACAGCAACAAAUUUGUACGUAUUGGCUGACCGUACUUUGCUCCUGAAAGGCGGAAGUUACCGGAAAAGGAUGGGAAUAGCAAAAAUAUUAACUUGUCUGUAAGAAAUUUAAGUGGACGUUAAGAAAUGCACAGGCGCAUGAGAAUAAACGAGUAGGUUUUAGGGGUUUUAUUUUCAAGUGAAGUCAAACUGAAGUUCAGUUGAGGGAUUAUGACAAUUAUCCUCUCGAAUGUUAUUUUCUUUCGUGUUUAUUUCUUCUGAUGUUCAGCCUUUAGUAGAAAAAGAUCAAUUGUAUAAAUUAUUUGAAAUCAUUUCAGACUAAGUUUGUGACUUCGUAUACUAAUUUGCAUGCUCCUAAACAGUUUGAAUCAACAAGGAACAAAAGAUGUAGGACAUUUUCUCGAAAUGUUCAUCUCAGUUUUACACUGAUGUAAACACAUGAGGCUUUGUCAUGUACUGCCAUGUAUUACAUUGUAUAUAAACCCUUUAUGACCAUUGUGUGGUUUCUUGAGAUAAAAUACCACCCCCAUGUUUUGCCAGCACACAAGAGGCAACCGAACCUUAAAACAUUACCUUUAUUUAUUUGAGCGUGAAAUUUCAGUUGUAUGAAUAACCGAUGAAGUUACAAUGAGGCAUAUAGUUGGACUCAAGAGAUCGAUCAUCGGUAAUGAUUUUAUGUUGGCCUUCAGUUCAUUUCUGUCAGUCUCCGAUUAGUUUAUAAAUCAUCAUUGAACUCGAGUAAUGAACGUGUGCAAGCUACGUGACUUCGUGCUUUUCCCAAAAUGAUGUUGCCCCGUUGACAUCAAAUAGGAUAAUAAUACACACUUUUGCAUCAUUUAGUUUGUGGAAUGAAUCUAGACUGGAAAGAUGAUCAAUUUCAUGUCCUCAUUGUUGUCGUAUUGACAAGGAACAGUUUGAAUAGAUUAUUGAAACUAAUUUGCUGUAUUUAUGACGCUCUGGCCUAGAUCGCAUAUGUUGUUUGAACAUUUUAAAGAUUACCUUUAUUUAUUUAUGUAAAUAUUUUUUCCUGCACUUCUUAUAAUAGAGUUGAGCGUGCGUAAUAUGCAGGUUCGCUUACUCGUGUGCGGAUAAAGAAACAAUAAAACGCGACUAAAUGAUGUAUUUCAGUUCCCAGUUGUUUUGUAUUUUUGAACUACAAAUUAAUUUCGGAGGAGAACUAUAUAUCGAGAAUAUAAAGGUUGGAAUGAACUUCUUUUCCUAUUCUGUUUGCCUCUUGAAUAAACCAUCCUAAAUCUC